AAAGUUUCCUUUUUGGGAAAAAGUUUCAAAUUUAAACUGCACUCUAUUCUCCACUAAACGGUAUGAAUGAUGUGCCUGUGGAAGGGUCCCGUUGAACGUUGAAACACUACGAAUCUGAUGAUACUAGAUGAUACCGAUGCUGAGAGAAUAAGCCAGUGUUCUGUAUUGGACCUAGAAAUGGGUCUCUAGGUUUGCUGCUUGUAGCAGUAAUUAGUAGCAUUAAUGUAGUUUGUCUAAUUGGGCGGGCCAAAUACCUCCUUUUUGGUAAUGCGAUAAGCUCGCCUUCCAUCCCAUAAAAUCAAACAUUAGCUGGAGUUUUUCAGUAAAAUCUGCACCAGCAAAUCCACCGCUACCUUUUAGGCCUUGAACUAGGGGCAAGCAUUGCAGUAACAUUGUGCUUGAAUGAAUAUCGUAUCGUGAACUUAAAAUACUCAGCAACAGCAGCAUCUUAUACGAUUAAACUCAGGAGAAACCAGAAACGAUCCACAAUAAUAGACACUUAAGCAAACACGUAUGACGUCAACGCGUGGUCCACAAGACCGAAAGAAUCAGGAUUCUAAACGUCGAAUUCGAAACAACGAAACGGAGUGUUUAACGAAUCGAGUUGGUCGAUUUUAUGUUUAAAACCCACUCCGAAGACAUCGAACUAGCUAACAAAAAGGGAGAAAAAUACCAAAUAGUGGAAUGUAGUAGGAUUAGUAUUAGAAAGGUAGACUGAAGUUUAUUGUAGAACAGAGACUUGAUAAACUCAGUCUUAACUUUAACCCCCCUCCAUAUAACGAAGGACUACUUCGAACAACGUCAAAACGAAACUAAGUAGCAGAAUUAUCUAAUUGCGACAUCAACUAUAAGCCGAAAAAUAAGAUCUUCUGGUAAAGGUCUUCUCUGGAUCAGAAACCUAUUUCAGCUGCAUGAAACGAACAAAAUAUUUAUUUAACGGCAGCAUAUGAUACUGAAGAAGCCAUUCGAAUAAUUACUGCCAACUCCUAACAAUAGCAAACGACAGCAUAAUAAAAACAAGAUAAACUCAACUCCUCACUGCAAUACACGGCCAAUAUUUUUGUACGCAGGAUUCCUGCGCACGGAGAUGUAUUUUUUUCUAAACGAUGGAUUAUUAUAAAUUCUUCUAGUCAUUAAUAACUUAUUGCGUUACGUUUAGCGUUAAUAUUAGCUUCCAUCAUGAAUCUGCCGGGGACGUUUAUACGUUCGCGCCACCACCAUGUGUUGCUUUUUCGGUUCCUAGAUAAAAGCGACAUUUGAGUUUGCUGGAUUCAAAACCUACCCUUUGCCGACGAUACCUUCAAGCGCAAUUCAAUUCAACUAAUAUGUGCCAUAUAACCUAAUCGAAAGCAGUGCUGUAGAUGCAUACAAGCCGCAUUUUUGCUACGAAAAACAGAAACUGCAUUUCUGAGGGAGGACUUCCCGAAAUUGUCAUCUUUCAUUUCAAUCAAAUGUAUCACAAAGGCAUACACCAAAUGCUGUCUAUGGCUUAGGAAAGAGCUUAAUGUGAAGAUCGACCUUAGAAAUAACCCAAUCACAUGGCAGCUAUUCAGUGGAGUCAGUGUUGUAUCACUCUAAAGUAAAAGAACGGUUACAUUUCUUCAAACAAAUCCCCACGAGGCAGGUUUGCUAAUUUGUAAAUAGUGGAAUGCAGAAGCAAAUGAAUCAACAAAAGUAACAUAAAAUUACAUUUUACACUAAAAAUUAUUGAAAAUGAAAGGCAACUAACUAAUGCUUAGCAAAGCACAUCUAAAUCACGCAUACAGCCUGCUUACAAAUUCAUCUACAUCCACUGUUGCAAACAUUGCACAUUUUGCAAGCAAAUAAUGACGCAAGCGAACUAAGAGAGAAAAACAAGGCACGAAAAAGUGAAACAAAUUACUUUUAAGCAAUCAUAAGAAGCGCUGAUAUUGUAAAAUAUUCAAAGCAAUGUAUGCUGAAUGUUAAAGUGCGAUAUAAAAUAUAUAGAAA